CGGCAGCCCCGGAAAUAAGCAGGUCAGCUGACCGGAAGCAAUGGAGCAAAGCAAGAUGGCGUCUCCCAAGAGCGCGCCUAAGGAUGCUCAGGUUAUGGCCCAGAUCCUGAAGGACAUGGGGAUCACGGAGUAUGAACCACGGGUUAUCAAUCAGAUGUUGGAAUUCGCCUACAGGUAUGUGACUACUAUAUUGGAAGAUGCAAAAAUUUACUCAAGUCAUGCUAAGAAGUCCAGUGUUGAUGCAGAUGAUGUGAGACUAGCAAUCCAGUGUCGAACAGACCAGUCAUUUACCUCUCCUCCCCCAAGAGAUUUUUUGCUAGAUAUUGCAAGACAAAAGAAUCAAACCCCACUGCCAUUGAUAAAGCCAUAUUCUGGACCCAGACUACCACCUGAUAGAUACUGUUUAACAGCUCCAAAUUACAGACUUAAGUCCUUGCAAAAAAAGGUCUCUUCCUCUGCGGGAAGAAUAACAGUGCCCCGACUAAGUGUUGGUGCUGUAAGUAGUAGACCUAGCACGCCUACGUUAGGAACUCCUUCAGCACAAACAGUAGCUGUUUCAACAAAAGUUGGCACUCCGGUAUCACUGACAGGUCAAAGGUUCACUGUACAAAUCCCAUCCUCUCAGACAACAGUCAAAUCAGCAACGCCUACUACCCCUACAGUUCAGAAUGUUCUGAUUAAUCCUUCAUUAAUUGGAUCAAAAAACAUUCUGAUUACUACAAAUAUGGUAUCAUCACAGAAUGCAGCCAGUGAGGCAAAUCCAUUGAAAAGGAAGCAUGAAGAUGAUGACGAUUAUGAUAAUUUGUAAAGGGAUACAGUCCAGUCUCCAUACUUUUUCAGAGGUGUGAUUCAUAUUGAGUCUGAUGCCAAGUUGGAACUUGCCAAAAUGUUGUUCACAAAUUGUGACAGAAAAUGUGUAAAUAUUCAGAGUUAAUGGAAUCAGGAGAAGAAUGAUAGUGCCAGGAUAACGAUGCUGCAAUAAAAGCUGUUUUUUAACCGUG